ACAUUGUGGAACUAUCUCAUCUCAGAUCCUAUAUUCAUAUCCAAUUAUUCGCGGAGAAACCCACAACAUCAUGUCUCUGGUAUCUUCUUACAAAAAUUCUUGUUUCUUGAACAGUACUCGAAACUUGAGUUCAUUACAUGUGAAGGACUGGAUGCUGCUGCCCCAGAGCCAUCUCUUUGUUUCAUUGAAGAUGAUCAAGGUGUUUUUAUACAACAUUCCUGCAAUGGCCUUCUUCUAUGCAGCAGUUUUCGAUGCCAUGAAGAUGAUAGGAAGUACUACAUCUGUAAACUCACCACUAAGCAAUAUCACCAGCUGCCUAAACCUGGAUGCAAGAUUGUGUUUGGCAUUAACAUGGCAUAUGAUCCUACCAUAUCACCCCAUUACAAAAUCAUAUGCGUAUGUGACUCCAACACGAUUAAGAUGUAUGAUUCAGCCAUAGGAUCAUGGAGAGUCUCAGGAAAUCAUCAAGUUUUUUCCCAUGUUUUGUUAUUCAAUCGAGGUGUCUUUCUGAACCGUGCAUUGCAUUGGAUUAGCAGAGGAGCCUUGGCACUUCGAUUUGAUAUUGAACAAGAGCGUAUGCUCACAAUGCCAAUGCCUCCGAUCCCAGAGGGGCGGUCAGAAAGGAGAUUGGGAUAUUUCGGUGAAUCGGGAGGGCAUCUAUGUCUCAUUGAGAUAUACGGUCCUAUAACCACUCGCUGUGAUGUGAUGAGGAUGGAGAGUGACUACUCAGGCUGGUCGGUGAGGUACCGUGUUGAUCUUUCUAGAAUAGCGUCUUCCUUUCCAUCAAUGGUGAGGAACAAUGUGCAGGACAUCCAUCGUUACUUGUUCUCUAUACUACAUCUAGCUGACAGAUCACAAGUAAGAGAAGAUGAAUCAUCCAUGUGGCUGCAUAUUCCGGGCACAUCCAUCUCCUACAACCUUAAAGACGGAAAAUGGAGCAAGCUUCAAAGUAUCUUACAUCAAAAAACCAAGAUUGAAGAAGGUAUGGGAUUAUGGCAUUCAUGGGAGGGAGUCCAUCCAUAUACCAAUACUCUUUGUUACUUUUGAUUUGUCUUUAAUCACUUUCAUAAACGACUACUAAAUAAUUCUAAUUACAAGCUAGCUAGCUAGUUUCGUUA